AUGAGCAUCACAGGUGCUUCACAUGUAGUCGUCUCUCUUGUGAAAAACUAUCCAAACUAUCUGAUUAUAAAUCUAGAUAAGCUCGACUACUGUGCAAGCUUGAAGAAUCUUGAAACUGUCUCUGAGAAGGAAAACUACAAGUUUAUCCAGGGAGAUAUUUGUGAACCUGAUUUUAUAAAACGGCUCUUUGAAACUGAGAAAAUAGACAUAGUCCUUCAUUUUGCAGCCCAAACACAUGUAGAUCUUUCAUUUUGGCAUGCCCUGGAAUUCACUUACGUGAAUGUUUACGGCACUAAUGUACUGGUUGCUGCUGCGCAUGAAGCCAAUGUGGAGAAGUUUGUCUACGUCAGUACAGAUGAAGUGUAUGGAGGUAGCACCGAUGAGGAAUUUGAUGAAUCCUCACCAAAACGUCCAACAAAUCCCUAUGCCUCCUCUAAAGCAGCUGCAGAGUGUUUCGUUCAGUCUUACUGGGAAAGGUACCAAUUCCCCGUUGUUAUCACACGGAGCAGUAAUGUUUAUGGACCACACCAGUAUCCAGAAAAAGUUAUUCCAAAGUUUAUAUCUUUGUUGCACCAGAACAGGAAAUGCUGUAUUCAUGGUUCUGGACUUCAGAGAAGGAACUUCCUUUACGCAGCUGAUGUGGUAGAAGCAUUCCUUACUGUCCUGAAGGAGGGGAAGCCAGGUGAAAUUUAUAACAUUGGAACCAACUUCGAGAUGUCCAUUGCCCAGCUUGCGAAGGAGUUAAUCCGUUUAAUAAAGAAGACCAGUUCGGAAUCUGAAAUGGAGCACUGGAUGGAUUAUGUCAAAGACAGACCUACCAAUGACCUGAGAUACCCAAUGAAUUCGGAAAAAAUGCACAACUUAGGAUGGAGACCGAAAGUGGCUUGGAAAGAAGGAAUAAAAAAAACAAUUGAAUGGUACAAAGAGAACUUUCACAACUGGAAAAACUCGGAGAAAGCUUUGGAGCCCUUUCCUGUGGCAGAGCCGUUUGCACAGCUCACUGGUCCAUAG